AUGGCGACUCAUUACAAGAAAACCUUCCCUUUGUAUAUCAAUUCAAUAUUUGACGUCAUUGCAAUUGGUGGAAUAUUGUGCGAAUUGUCUCACACCCGGCAAUUCGCCCACAUGGUUGUUACGACUGACCCUAAUCAUAAGGGUCUCUCUGAAUGGGCUUUAAGAGGAGUAGUAAAUGGAGAGCAAGCGCGAGGUAUUGUUGUUGAUGGAGCUUAUUUCCUCUCCGGAAUCCUAUUAGGAAACAACCACGGCGCCCCAGAAUACUUUGAAUACACACUCCCUUGUACAUUUAUUUCGAAGACACCUCCAUUUCAUCCAGCUGAAGUGGUCAAUUCUGUCGGAGUUACUGGAUAUGGUACCAUAAUCGAAGUUUUCACUGUUGCAAAGUCCGAUCACGAAACGUCUAUAUGUCUCUCGGUGGAGCACUGCAACUUCAACCGCGAUACCAAUGAAUACAUUUCAUUCCUUGUCCGAUUCAUGGGAUCAACGCCAGAUAUUGAUCAAUCAUUACUCACUGCAUGUACUCCUGGAAAAGAAAUUCUCAUCACAGGAUCAAUAGUCGAUAGAGACUUAUCGCAAAAUACUUGGCUAGUCAAGAUGAACUAUUUAGCUCUCGUUGGAGAUGAACACAGGGAUCAUCAUCAGGAGACGGAAGAUGGUCUUAAGAACUCGACUCUGUAG